UGCCGUUUGUGACUUGUGCACUGCAUACGGUAGCCGAGGUAGCAGUGUCGCUGUUGUCGAGGUGUUUUGUGCAGGGUUGGCUAUGAAUGAGACGGCGGGGUCCCAGAGUCCUCAGCCGUCUGCAAUUUCUCGGCGUAUUUAAGUAUCGGGGAUCUGACGAAAACAGCUCACAUAAGAAGGCGGUAACAGAAAGCUUUCAGCAUAGGUGUGCUGAUACUGUUUACGAAAAUGAAGUAUACUGGUUUUCCUAUGUGGCGAGCUACAUCCAAUGGAGAUUCAUCCCUCUUUUCGGCUCUUAACAUCGGCAGACCCGAUGCCUCACUUUCCUUUGAUGCGGCCCCAGUUGAUGGAUUCUGACAUGGACUAUGAGAGACCAAACGUUGAAACUAUCAAGUGUGUGGUGGUCGGGGACAACGCUGUAGGGAAGACACGCCUCAUCUGUGCCCGUGCCUGCAAUGCCACCCUCACCCAGUAUCAGCUCCUUGCCACCCAUGUGCCCACAGUAUGGGCCAUAGACCAGUACAGAGUAUGCCAAGAGGUUUUGGAACGUUCUAGGGAUGUGGUGGAUGACGUGAGUGUGUCCUUGCGCCUGUGGGACACUUUUGGUGAUCAUCACAAAGAUCGGCGCUUUGCCUAUGGCAGAUCUGAUGUGGUUGUACUGUGCUUCUCAAUUGCCAACCCCAACUCACUGCACCAUGUCAAAACCAUGUGGUACCCCGAAAUCAAGCACUUCUGCCCCAGAGCGCCCGUCAUCCUGGUGGGCUGUCAGCUUGACCUGCGCUAUGCCGACCUGGAGGCAGUGAACCGAGCACGACGUCCACUGGCAAGACCGAUUAAAUCCCAUGAAAUUCUGCCUCCGGAGAGGGGCCGCGAAGUUGCCAAGGAGAUUGGGGUGCCAUACUACGAGACGAGCAUCGUGGCUCAGUUUGGGGUGAAGGAUGUUUUCGACAACGCCAUUCGCGCAGCCCUCAUCUCGCGACGCCACCUGCAGUUCUGGAAGUCGCACUUGCGCAACGUGCAGCGGCCGCUCCUGCAGGCGCCCUUCCUGCCGCCCAAGCCUCCGCCGCCCAUCAUCACCAUCCCGGCGCCGCCCUCGUCCAUCGAGGAGCACCCCGUCCGGCUGCUGGAGGACCCGCUGUGCGCCGACGUCAUCCUGGUGCUCCAGGAGCGCGAGCGCAUCUUCGCCCAUCGCAUCUACCUGGCCACCGCCUCCUCCAAGUUCUACGACCUCUUCCUGAUGGACAUCGUGCGGCCCGCGGAGAAGGAGGAGGAGGGCCCCCCUGAGCAUCAGCGCCGCCCGCCACUGCAUUCGCGGCCUCCCUCCUCGCGGCCCCCCGCCAGCCUCUCGGGCCGCGAGCUGCUGAUGCGCGCGGCCAGCUUCGACGUGUGCGAGAGCGUGGUGGAGGGCGACCGGGCCAACCUCCGCGCCUGCACCAGCGACGGGACCCUGAGGCGGGGCGAAGCCGAGGAGCGAAUGGCGCGCGGCCGCCUCCUCUCCUCCUGGAGCCGGGCCUUCCUGAGCAUCCAGGAGGAGCUGGUGGACGACCCGGUCACCUACAACCCCAGGCCCAUGACAGUGGUGCACAUGGACCCGUCCAUGCAGCCUGGGCCGUUCCGCGCCGUGCUGCGAUACCUGUACACCGGCCAGCUGGACGAGCACGAGAGGGAGCUCAUGCACAUCGCCCACAUCGCCGAGCUGCUCGAGGUGUUCGACCUGCGCAUGAUGGUGGCCAACAUCCUCAACAAUGAGGCCUUCAUGAACCAGGAGAUCACCAAAGCCUUCCACGUGCGACGCACCAACAGGGUCAAAGAGUGCCUGGCCAAAGGCACCUUCUCAGAUGUGGCGUUCAAGCUGGAUGAUGGGACCAUCAUGGCCCACAAGCCCCUGCUGAUCUCCAGCUGUGAUUGGAUGGCUGCAAUGUUUGGAGGACCUUUUGUGGAGAGCUGCACUAAAGAGGUAUUAUUUCCCAACACCACCACCAGUUGUAUGCGGGCUGUGUUAGAGUACCUCUACACUGGGGUCUUCUGCUCCCGUUCAGACCUAGACUCGAUGGAGCUCAUAGUUCUCGCCAACCGCCUUUGCCUGCCACACCUGGUUGCCCUUACAGAGCUUUACACCGUGACCCUACUGAGGGAGGCUGCCAUGAUGGGAGUUGACAUAGAUGGAGAUGUACUGUUGAAUUUGGAGGUGGCUCAGUUCCAUGGUGCUUAUCAGCUGACGAGCUGGUGCCUCCACCACAUCUGCACCAACUACAACAGUGUUUGCCGCAAGUUUCCCCGUGACAUGAAAGCCAGGUCUGCAGAGAACCAGGAGUACUUUGAGAAGCAGCGCUGGCCUCCGGUGUGGUACCUGAAAGAGGAUGACCACUACCAGCGCGCUCGGAAGGAGCGCGAGAAAGAGGAUUACCUCUACCAGAAGAGGCAGUGCAAGCGCAAGUGGCUUUUCUGGAACCUUCCGUCAUCACCUUCGUCCAGCUCACCAUCGUCCUCAGGCUCGUCCUCAGCAGUCAUCUGAGAGGCUCUCAGGGUGACGCCCGUGUCUUCUUCAGGGGAUUCCAGAGGCAAUUAUGUUUUUUUUCUGGUUUGAGGAGUAUUAGCGUUAUUUCCAUUUCCCUAUACUGUAAUAAGGUAUUUGUUUGCUCUCCCAGUUGAGGAGGAGAAAAUGAGCCACAAAAAAAGAGAUUUUGUCCUUUUUUGUCCAUUUUUUCUCUCACACCAGGGUGGCUAGUACCAUUUAAACCUCUGUAUGUAGUCAUUAGAAAUCAAUUCCACUGCACACUGUUUUAUUACAGAGGCCAAACUGACAGCUAGAUACACUGCAAAUCAGUGCAGGGUCCUCCCAAGUGGCUACUGCUGGAUGAGGAGAGAGCUGGUCUAUCUCUCCUGAUGAAAUUAAAACAGAACUGGUUUGAUUGACCUGGGGGUCAUAACUGAAAGCUUGCCAGGUGCUUAUCAGCUGCUAUGGACAACUUGAGAAGAGAAGCAAACAACCAGCAAUCUCAAACAACAACAACAACAACAACAACAACUACAGCAUAUUAUCUCAGUGACGAAACAUCUAUCAAGCUUAUCACUCAAACUUUCACAUCCUCUUAUCCUCAGUAGCGGAAUUUAUUCCACGUGUACAGAGUAUCAGUUACAAAAGGCUGGUGUUUUCCUUCUGGAACGGACAAGUUCUUCAGGUUUCUCACUUGACAUAACAUGUUACUGAUAACUUGGUUAAAUAUGCUGGAGCAGGGAGGAGGUCCUAGACCUACAAAGGAACAGGGACUUACCUGGGCUCUGUAUUCAUCUACUUUUAUUUCUGGUUUAAAAAAGUUUAGAUAAGUGUCAUGAUUGUAUGAUGCAAGAGAUUGGUUUGAAGGAAUGUGUUGGGGAUCCAUGCAAGAGCAUCUCUGUAAAGAACAGGUAAGAUAUCCUUUUUGACCACUGUUUUUUUUUUUCAUUUGAUCUAUGUGUGUCAUAUUCCAUUUUAUUGCCAGAGAUGGAACCUGUUGGAGAUGCUAAUUCACUCAUGAAUGAGAUUUUGAAGAUGUUUUUUUUCUUCUUUUUUUUCUUUUUUUUACCUUUGAUAUCUCCCUGUUGUCGCAAACUGAGCCGUAAUUCCCUGUUUGCUGCUGAGUCUUCUCAAUCAGGCUUGUGGCCUGGCCUGACCUGUUCUGGUUCUGAGGGGUCAUAUCCCAGCAUUUGAUAUGGCUGUGAGAAAAUUGGAUAUCUGCUGAUGUGCAUUUAUGACCUUCAGGUCCAGCAGAUGUGAUUCCCAAAUUGUUUAGACUAUAACCCUACAAAUUAUUUAACUCUGACGCACAACAGUCACAAUUUCUGAUUUUUUUUUUCAGGUAAGAUGUGCACAUUGUACAGUGUUAUCCAUAUCUGAUGUGUGGUACAUGUCUGUAAAGGGCUCUCUUUGUGUAGUGCACUGCUUUAUAUACACACACACACACACACACACACAGACACACACAUCUUUUGAUGUGUUUAUAGGCCGACUGAUACGUUUUUAGAGACUUGAAUUAGGAAUUGCAUUUGGGAUGCCACUAAGCUCAACUGCAUGUGCAGUGUCUGUGAAACCUACAGACCACUGGUUGAGUGGAGAGAUUAGGCUCUCCCGAUUUGAACCAUAAAAAAGAUGCAUUUUCAUUCGUUCUGAGACAUCAGUGUGUAAAUGAGUGGACAUAGCUUUUUUGUUUUCUGAGGGAAAAAAGCAAGAGAGGAAAAAAGCGGAUCGUUUCGUAACAUGAGCAUUCCUCUGUUGCUGGAGCGCUGUGAGGCAGCUGUGCCUGAGUGCUCUCUCCCCUCUCUGGGGGUAGUACAGAGGGACACAGCUAGCCUAUAGCCCCCCUGGGGGUAGUACAGAGGGACACAGCUAGCCUAUAGCCUGCAGCGGAGCGGAGGGGAGCCAGGCCAAGUGAGGGAACAGAACAGACACAACUUCUGUUUUUACAAGCUGUUUCCUUCUAAACACGUUGUGCAUCACAUUCGCUGGUGAUGAAACGUUUAGACCCCUAGUAGGGCUGCAAUGAAUAAUCGUUAGUUGCAUCCCUAACCCACUAGUUAAUACUUAGAGAGUACCCACUAGAGUCCACCUCAGUCCUUUGGCCACAUACAAGGAUAAAAAACUCCAUACGAUUCUCAGCUGACUGUAGAAUAUACUGCUAUAUUAAGGUCGUAAAAUGCUUAGUGUUAGUCACUUAGAAUGUAGCAUCUGCAUCUUGCAGCAAAAAUGAGAGACAGAGACCAUUCACAUCACGUGUGGCGGUAAAAGGUUCUACUGUACAGUGCGAGUUGUCAUUCACACAGCAAUGUUAUGUGAUUGUCUUGUGAUGUCGACACAGUCAGCUGUUGAGGCAUCUCCAGAGCAUGGGGCACAGGAGAGACUGUGUUUUAACUCUUGACUGAUUGUAUGCUGAUCUUGAAUUUUCUGCUUCACCAUUUGAUUGUGUAGCGAAAAUUGCCAUGUAAUAAUCACUAUAAUGCUUGAUUACCGGUAGGUACUCUGGUUAUACAGUAUGUACAUAUAACAAAGCUUUGCCUUAGUUGUGCCAAGAUGAUGAAUGGUAAUUAUUUGGCAGAAACGAAUACAAACAGAGCUUAUUAAUGUAGAAAAUGAACAGGCUUGCACACUCCUUUCUGGUUAAAAGAUUGUAGAACGAUUCAUUUCCUUGGAAGGAGCUACUUGUAUGCAGAGAAACAGUACAUAUCUGUAAAACACAUGUAUUCCUUUGCCCUUUGAACUGGGAAGUAAAAUCAGAAUGAGAUUUACUUGAUUUUAAAUACAAAGGCUGCAUGUGCUAGACUUAAUUGCUGUAGAAAUACUUCUGGAUAUUUACAGGUAAUUGGGAGAAAAUAAAAAUGUCUGAGAGUUUUAGAUUUUUUCAAGAUUUUGGAGGUGUCAUUAACGUUGAGUGUUACAGUAUGUAAUUUGGUACUGUGUAGUGGUGUAGUAUAUGUGGAUUAGUUUGAGAACAUACUAAUUUUGAAGGGGCAAAUUCCCAUGUUAUUUAUCAUUAGUUUUAUGUAUCUCCAUAGAUAGCACGAUAAAAGUAAAGUCAUAUCAUGUUUGAUCAUAUUUGAUCAGGUAAGCAUACUGUGUAUGGAUGUUUGCAACAUAGAAUACAUUAUUAUUAUUUUUUCAUCAAGGGAGUAUAAAUCACUCUUAAUCUAAAUAUAUGUGCAGGCUGCAGUUUAGCCCACUGAAGGGUGCAUUAAAGGAGGAAAAAACAGUUUAUUAGGGACAUAGUUCAGAGAAUUAUCACCAUGUUGAACUGAAAUGGUGAACUCAUGCCUUAAUUAAAGUUUGUGUGACAGUGAAUGUGGGUUUCAUCAGUGUAUUUGCUAUUAUGUGGAAAUGUUGCUGAUAGGCCUACCUAACAUACUAAAUGUAUUAUACAUUCUGUGUGUGUACACUGUAUUGUAAGUAGACUGUGUUAAGCACUUGUCCGCUUGUGCUUGUUCAAAUGUGCAUUGGGCAGCGUUGUUAGACUGUUUUUUUUUAUGUCCACAGUCAUGUGAGCCAGAUUGAGAAUGUGCUUUGAAUGUAAGAUGAGAUAACAUGCCUUUCACAACAAGACAGGCUCUUUGACCUCCCUCAUGAUCCACUCUGUUUUCAAAUGUAUGCAGGGAAAGCCAAUCAUUUGUACUCCACUUUUAGAAAAGUUGUUUCACUCCAUCAAAUGGUUAAUCAGAGAUGAAUCCAAGCAUAAAAACAACAAAAUGGCCACUGUCAGACUCAGGUGGUAUUGGCAGAACACUGAGCAUAAGAUGAACUUUAGUUGUCUAUGUAAAUACUGUAUUUCAGGAUAGAAACUAACAUUAGCUGAUAAUGUGCACUAUGCAUCACGAUAGAUUCACUGUAGGAACACAAAAAGCACGCUGUGAGAAUAUUUUACCUGCUUGGAUUAGCAAGACAUCAGGUGAUUUAAAAAAUAUAAAAUGUAGAACAUUUUACUGAGGGAACAUUUGUGUUCUCCUCUGAGCUUUUGAAGCCCUUUUCCAUGUGUUAGGUGCUAACACCACGGCUGCAGAAAAGCACAAACCAAAGGGAGCUUGUUGCAGCAACAGGAAGUACAAAAAAAGUACUUGGCUGCACAAUCACAAUAGCAUAGUCGCCUGAGAAACGCCUUGUGAUGAAAUUACUUAAUACUUCAAACUUGAAUGGUUUUUCUGUAUAUAGAAUUGACAUGAUUUCUUGUCAAUUGCUGAUUUUGUCUUAAUUUUGUCGUUAUUUUUUUAAACUGUAUAGUUAAGAAGUUUGUAAUGCCUGUGGGGUGGGUUGGUGAAGUCUUACAUGUGCUCUGGAUGAGAAGUGUAAAUAGUCUUUAUUUAAUAAAUUUGGAUCAGCCCACUG